CUCAAGCAUCAAGCCAUAUUAUGGAACUGCAGGGGAUCCGUGGGCCCAUGGGGGGCCAGGACUUGAGGGGUCAGGGGUUAGGUUUUGGGCUCUCUGCGACGGCAAUUCCGACCAAUUCGAUAAUAACAGCAGUGCAGCAGCAGGAUUACUCAGCCAGCGUGUGGCUUCGCAGGAGGGACAAACUGGAACACUCUCAGCAGAAGUGCAUCGUGAUCUUUGCCUUGGUGUGCUGCUUCGCCGUACUGGUGGCGUUGAUUUUCUCAGCGGUGGAUGUGUGGGGCGAAGACGAAGACGGGAUCACGGAGGACAACUGCAACAAGGAUUGCAGAGUGGUGCUUGUUGAAAACAUCCCAGAAGACAUCUCCUAUUUUGACAAUGGCACAGCCCACCUCCCUCUCUCAGUGGGGCUGUACAACUUACUGGACAAAGCUAUCAGGGUUGUAGAGAUAGUUUCCCCACUGUGGCUCCUGAACUCCUCUGAUUAUGAAUCCAGCUUCCACCCUGCUGCCAAACAGGGCAGAGCUCUGCUCGCCAGGCUGCAGGGGCUGAAAGCAAGAGGAGUCCAGCUGAAGAUCUCCAGCGGCAUGGUCGACUCCACUGAGCUCAGGAUGCUCGCCAGACACGACGCUGAGAUCCAUUAUGUGAACAUGACAGCGCUGACCAAAGGCCACCUCCUCUCCUCCUUCUGGGUGGUUGACAGGCGGCACAUUUACAUCGGGAGUGCAAGCAUGGACUGGAGAUCCCUGGCCACAAGGAAGGAGCUGGGUGUGAUGGUGUACAACUGCAGCUGUCUGGCUCUGGACCUCCACAGAGUGUUUAGUCUCUACUGGGGGCUUCAGUAUAGAGACUUCAUCCCCUCCUUCUGGUCCAAGCGCCUUUUUGCUCUCUUCAACAAGCACGAGCCUCUGGAGCUCACUCUCAACAGCACCAAGGCCCAGGCCUACAUCUCUAGCUCCCCCAAUGUUUUCAUCCCCAAAGAUCGCAGUAAUGACCUAGAAGCCAUUUCCUGGGUCAUCCAAGAAGCUCGCCAUUUCAUAUACAUCUCCAUCAUUGAUUACCUGCCUCUGCUCAGCAGCAGUGCCCUCAAGUACUGGUCUCGCAUCGAUGGCCUUAUCCGGGAGGCUCUGAUUCUGAGGAAAGUGCGGGUACGGCUGCUGAUAAGUUGCUCGGAAAAGACUCAACCACUUACUUUCAACUUCAUCUGGUCCCUGAGGAGUCUGUGCAUGGAACAGGCUAACUGUUCCAUGGAAGCCAAGUUCUUCAACCCCAGAGUGCAGAGGGAUGGCAGUCUCCAGGGAAUAAACCAUAACAGGUUCAUGGUGACAGACAGAGCCAUCUAUUUAGGUAACCUUGACUGGGUGGGGAAUGAGUUUGCCUUUAACGCAGGAGCAGGUCUGGUGAUCAGUCAGCCCGAGGGUGUUGAGGAGAGGAACUCCACCGUGGUGGAGCAGCUACGGGCCGCAUUCGACAGGGACUGGUUUUCACGUUACACGCGCUCCCUGCAAGCCAAUAAGGUCCCUGUCUGCAACAAGCACCAAAUCAACAGGCUGGUGCCAGUCAAAGUCAGCCACAUAGACAAUGGAGCAGUGCCUAUCAGAACAGGCCAACACAAUAUUGGACCCGCACCAAUGAGAAACAGCCACAAAGACGACGGGCAGGUCUCAGUCAAGUCAAGGAACCAUGACGACAGACUCGGCAAAAAUGGACACCAAGGCAAAAAUGGACUGUUGCCAAUUAUAGACAGUUACCAAGACCGGGGACAAGUGAAAAUAGGUCACCUUGAUGACAGACAGGUGCCAAACAGGGGUAAUAACCAUGACAAUCCAAUAGAGCUGCCCAGUCAGUCAGCUGAGAGCAGCGGCAGCAGAGAGAUCGCCAAUGGAUCACUGUGACUGUGAAGCAUGACCGAGUCCUUCUCACCAAAGACCACGUUUGAAGAACUGCUCUUUUCUGAUGACAAUGGACUUACAACACUGGGUGUUUGUAGCAUUUUAUUAUUGUCAUUUUGUAGAAAACAAACAUUUAAGUUAUAUUCGAUUUGCUGGACCUGAUAAAUAAUUGGAGGAACUCAGGAAGGAAGGUAGAUCCUCCUCUGCAGUCUGGUACUUUACGACUGACUCUUUAUGAAAGAGACAAAACUGAUUAGGAUACGAGGAAAUACUGAUUAGUUUACUGUAAUCAUUUAAAAACGUGCCACUUAUAUAAAUGUUUCCCCCCUCGUUGAGCAAAGGCAGCAGAUGAAAUUGCUUUGAUUGCCUAACUAUUAUUACUUGAGUAAUCACAGUCAUCAUUUAUCGUCCUUUAAAAGGAAGAUUUGCAUUCCAAUGCAGAGAUGCUAGGCUGUACGGAGCUGCACGAGCUGCAGAAAGCAUACAAGAUCUGGAGUGGUGAAAGAUUCAUCACACAGCUUUUUGUGCGGUUGAUCGCUGUACGUGCCUCAGAUACUCCCCAUCUAUAAUGGAUUCUUUGAGCUCCUGGUUCACGUAACUGUGCAAUGCAACAACAGCCUACUUAAAAAGAUAUACUACUACUAUAACUUCAAACCUUCAUCCAAGAACAAACCAGCCAGAAAACAUCAAUUGUAUAGAAAGACUUGUAUCUGGCUAAAUGGAAGGAGGCAGCCUCGUUUGGCCCUAAUUUAAUAAUUUAUUCAAUAUCACUGGACACAAGAAUACAAAGCAUUACAUACUAAUAAAUUGCCACUUAUUGGGAGCAACUUUGUAAGACCCACAGUUAACGAACUGGAGCUGCAAAGCGAUUGGUCAAUUUAUGUUGUAACUGUUCAGUGGGUGGAAUUUAGUGGUACAAGCAUGCUGGAGAAUCCACAACGGCUUUUAAGUAACCAGAGCAUAGUUUGGUUUGUCCACUCUGGGCUACCAUAGGAAUAAUAAUACCUACUAAUGAAACAUUUAGGAAAUAUUGUGUUCCAUUUCUGCCAUUACACACAUUUAACCUUAAUACCUAAAUAGUGUACAGACACAUCACAUCAUCUCAGUGUGUCGUAUGUAUCUCCACAGCAGGUGAUGAUGACGGUGCACGUAUUCUGCCAAAUAUCUUCACAACAUCACCCUUCAUUACAAUGCUUUACCCUGCAGGCAAAGGGGCUAUUGAUCUGAUCCAUGGAGAUGAUCGUAACUGGUCCCUUUUACAAAUCAUAGGAAAAGAUGGUUAUCUGUGGUAUCCAGUGUUGUGACUUAAUGAACAAAUACUUAGGGAUCAGUUUGAAGAAGGGGCCAGAGGCCUGUCAGCCAGAUCAAUACGAUGAAUUUUUAACAGAGCUUGACAGUUGCUGCAGUUUAACCUCAAGGACACUGUUGCCUGUGUAAUGUCAUGGCUGUGACAAAUUACAUAUACAGUACGUUACCUUUCAACAUAUGGAAUCAAACCUUAAAGGCAUAUUU